UAAAUCAAUGCACUCUUAAGUCAGUGGCAUAUGAGCUGUGCUACCAACAACUUGAACAAUUAUUAACUGUGUUAGAGAAAAUUGAUCAGUUGAAUUCAAACCACGAUCCUGAGAGUAUGUACAUGAGAACUGUUCUGUACAUGUAGAACAAGAGCGUCUGGGGAACUAUUAGAAACCGUGUACCUGUUUUACAGUACAUAAUGGAGAAGAGUAACAAUAUGUACAAAUAUGCACUAGGAAUUGUAUUUCUGUUUGUUGUUUUAAUACCUGGAUAUAUAAACUGUUUGUCUGUACCAGGAGCUCAUUCAAUUAUGUACAUUAGAAAUCUCCCAAGACUUGAACGAGCUACGUCAUAUCAGCAUUCUCAAAAUAUCAAAACUCCAAGAGAAGAGAAUUAUGAUAGUUCCUUGUGGCGAUCUGUUAAAGAUAUGUGGUUUGUUAAAUCAGGAAUUCCUUUUCAAGAAAAGAAAAUGAAACACACGCGGCGAUCAGCUGAUUUCGACAGUGUCUACUCCUGGCGGCAAAACCAUGCAACAUAUUCACAACCAUUUACCGGGAAACCAUACAGAAGAUUGUAUUAAUAUUUGUUAACAAGAACUUUUAGAAUAAUUUUAACAAAACAUUGAGUACCUUAGCAACUUAAAGAAUUGCUUAGUUUUUUAGCCAAUUUAUCAAAACAAUAAUUGUUGUGCAUUGUCAACAUUGUAAAUAUACAAAUACUUUCUUGUGUUCAGACUUAAAUAAAUUAUAUUUGAAU